AUGGUAGCACCUGCAACAAACUCUUGUGGCUCAACAACAACAUUGUAUGCAUCAGCUUUACUGCAAACAGAAGAGGUACUUCUUCAAACGGCUACUAUUAUAGCUUCGAGUAAUUCAAGUUCAGUGCCAGUACGAAUAAUUCUAGAUGGUGGCUCGCAGCUACUUGUUACACCAGCCGCCAGCCGAGCUCGGAGGGACGAACUGGACGAGGCGAUCGAAAUCCUGGCUAUAGUCGUGCCAGAAAUUUGCUCUACUGCAUUCCAGUAUGUUCGUAGCACAGAAUUGGACAUCCUUGGCCUUAAGUUAGCGGAUACUUCAUAUUUAAAUGAAACGGAAUUCGAAAUCGGAAUGUUAAUAGGGGCCGAUAUUUACUGGUCCAUAGUAAAAGACGACUUCAAUAGAAUAACCGACAACCUUGUCGCCAUUGACACCAUUUUCGGAUGGACACUACAAGGGCCUAUAUCGACCCAAGGCACGUCAGUAACAUCUAGGAAUCUCAAUGUUGGUGUAAUUGAGGACAACUCACUUGAAUCUUUAGUUGAUCGGAUUGAACGAUUAUGGGUUGUUGACGAUAUUACAUCAAAUCAUCAUAAGCUUCAAGUGGAUGAUAUUAUCGAAAAACACAUUCGGAAAAAUGGCACGCGAUAUGAAGCAUCAUUGCUAUGGAGAAACGACGAAUGCACUAUUGAUAACAACCGCGGUGGCGCUCUCAAAGGACUUCGACGUUCAUUGGUGAAGCUUAGUGAGGAUCCGGAUAAGUUAAGGCAAUACGAUGAAAUCAUACGGGAGAUGAUUUCAAGUGGUGUUGCAGAAAUUUGCGAUGAAACAGAAAAAACCAACGAACGGACUUAUUUUAUGCCACAUCGGCCGGUGUAUCGGGAGGAAAGAGAGACCACAAAAACGCGUAUUGUGUUUAACGCAUCAGCACGAUCUGGUGGUAACCCCUCAUUAAACGACUUAUUGUGGUCAGGACCAAACCUUUUACCAGACAUAUUAAAAUUGAUUUUAAACUUCAGGCUUGGCAAACAUGGAAUUACAGCCGAUAUCGAACGAGCUUUCUUGCAGAUAGAGCUGGCACAAAAGGAUCGAAAAGUACAUCAAUCGUUUUAUGUGGAUGACCUAAUCGUAAGUGUUGACGAUUUUGAAGACGCUGUAAAAUUGUUCAACGAAACACGUGAAAUAUUCUCCAGAGCAUCGAUGAACAUACGUAAAUGGAAGUCGAACAACGAGAAACUAAGGCAAAUUUUCGAUACAAAUGAAAGCAACAAUAUUUCAAAACACAAGGUGUUAGGACUCAUAUGGUUUAUGGAAAUUGAUACCCUUGCAGUGGAUCUGGAAAAGCUUUGUCAACAGAUAUCUUUCGAUGUAGUAACGAAACGAACCAUUCUUCAAACGUUAGCAUCUGUUUAUGACCCUUUGGGAAUGUUAUCACCAUUUGUCAUAAAAAUGAAGCUCAUUUUCCAAGAGGCUUGGAAACAAAGUUUGACAUGGGAUGAAAUUUUACCGGCAUCAAUGCUGCACGAAUGGAAGAAAAGCGUAUCCGAAAUACAUUUACUACGAGCCCUUACGAUUUCUCGCUAUGUAUUCGAUUCACCACAUCAAGUUGAGAAGCAGCUACAUAUUUUCGCGGACGCGAGUCCAAAAGCUUACGGAUCUGUUGCAUACAUCAGAAGUAGGAAUUUGGAUGAAAACAUUUGCAUUUCGUUUUUAUAUGCAAAAAGUCGACUUGCGCCUAUUCGUGACAAACGCAUAACACUACCCAAAAUGGAACUAUGUGCUGAUCUGGAAGCCGCAAGGAUGCGCUGCUAUCUUGUUGAGAAAUUAAGAGUGAAAUUCGAUUCAAUAUAUUUAUGGACCGAUUCAAAAAUUACUUUAUACUGGAUUCGUAGCAGUAAAUUCCAGAAAGAUGUAUUCGUUUACAACCGAGUUCAAGAAAUUCAGCAACUAACCGCUAACGACAACUGGAAUCAUUGCCCAGGAUCAAUCAAUCCCGCAGAUCUAUUGACUCGGGGUGUUUCUGCACAAACUCUACUGAGUUCCGACCAAGAUUUCGAAACUCCGAUGACCGCAGUUGAUUUUUGCCUUUUAACUAUUCCUCAGUCGACCACUCAAUCUGACUGUGCAGUACCUGAUAAUCCAAUACAAAUUGAACGAUUCAGCCAAUACCGGAGGCUUCUUCGUGUUACAGCUUAUGUGCUUAGAUACGUUGACCUGCUUCGAAAGAGAUUUUCAAAGAAGAAAUAA